UCAGGAGGCAGUUGUGUUGCAUUGCAGUACAUGUUACCCCAGGAUUUUUACCCAUAUUGCAUGGAAAUUGCAGAAGUAGUUGUUUGUGUUUGUUUUUAUUUGAUAUCUGUUAGUGAUAGCUAUAUAAGUUUUCCCUUUCAGAAGUUAGUGAAGAUGCUACAUUGCAUUUUUUAUGUGGCCUCCUAAAAUGAAUGACCAACCAGCAUUUUCAUGCAAUGACCAAGUACAUUUCAGAUUUUUUUUCACAAGUUUCAGAUUUUUCAUGCAUUCCUUCUCUAUAGCUUUUAGUGUUGUUAAUGGGUGUUCUGAACAUUUCCUUUUUGUUUUUUUUGCAGUGAUCCAAAAAUGGAUGAUGAUGAAUCUUCCGAUGGGUCGUUUUCAACGCGCUUUUCAGCUAGCUGUUUGCGUGAGGUUGCAGAGAAGGAGCUGAAUGCUAACAAGAGGGCAGUGCUAGAGAAGUCGAGUUUUGGUUCGUUGUUGAAGAUCAGACCAUUUUCUGUACCUCUUGAGCUGAUUGACUGGGUAGUUAUGAGAAUUGACACUAAGCAUUCUUUGUUCAGCCAUAAAAAGAAGACUAUAUUGUUCACUAGAGACAUGGUGCAAAAAAAAAUUAAUGUCCCAUCCGGACCAAGGGUAGUGGAGCUGCUGAAGAGGAACGAACGUUGCGAGCUGCGCGACAUAUAUCGAGAAGGCACAAGGGCUCCAAUUAAGAAAUCCAUUUCUGUAAUCAAGAAAGCAUCGGAUAAUGAUGUU